GAGCCACCGCCGCCGCCGCUCCCCCCUCCCCUUACCCCCUUCACCCCCCCCCGGGGCCGCCCCCCCCCCCCACCGGUGCUCAGCACCAUGCCGCCCUCCGUGCUCAGCCUCCUGCUGCUGCUCCUCGGGGCCGCCAAGGGGAAUCUCUCCCGGGACGAGAGCCAGCCCACGACGUCGGAUGAGACGGUGGUGGCCGGCGGCACGGUGGUGCUCAAGUGCCAGGUGGAGGACCCCGACGACUCCUCCCUGCAGUGGUCCAACCCUGCCCAGCAGACCCUCUACUUCGGGGAGAAACGAGCCCUGCGAGACAACAGGAUCCAGCUGCAGAGGUCCACGCCGAACGAGCUGACCAUCAGCAUCACCGACGUGGUGCUGGCGGACGAGGGGGAGUACACCUGCUCCAUCUUCACCAUGCCCGUGCGGACCGCCAAGGCUCUCGUCACCGUGCUGGGAAUCCCCCAGAAACCCCAAAUCUUUGGCCACGAGCAGCCCAUUGAUGAGGAGAAGAUGGCCCGGCUGACCUGCCGCUCCUCCGGCAGCAAGCCCGCCGCCCAGCUGCGGUGGAAGAAGGGCAACAAGGAGCUGAAGGCCGAGGGCACGGAGGUGGUGGAGGACCCCAACGGCAAAACCUUCACCGUCAGCAGUCGGGUGGAGUUCCGUGUCACCAAGGAGGACAACGACGCCGAGGUGACCUGCACGGUGGACCACGAGUCCCUGCAGAACUCGGAGAGGUCGACCACGCAGAAGCUGCAGGUCCACUACAAACCCACGGCGAAGAUCGAGCCGCACCCCCUGUACCCACGGGAAGGCGAGAAGCUCCAGCUGCAGUGCGACGGGCAGGGCAACCCCGUCCCCCAGGAGUUCCUGUGGGAGAAGGAGGGCAGCGACGCGCCGCUGCAGCUCAGCUCCGACAGCAUCCUCAUCUUCCCCUUCCUCAACAAGAGCGACAGCGGCACCUACGUCUGCACGGCCACCAGCUCCAUGGGCAGCGUCGUGGCCAAAUACAACCUGGACGUCAGUGAUCUUCCCCAGCUCCCCACCCCACACGUUCACUCCACUCCAGCCCCUCCGCCGGGCCCUUCCCAGCCCAUCUCUCAUGCUUCUUCCAUGGCCACCGCCUCAUCCUUCACUCCAGCUCCCGCCCAAGACGCCAGCCCGGUGCCGUCGACCUCCAGCACGUACCACGCGGUCAUCGGCGGAGUGGUGGCCGUCAUCGUCUUCCUCCUGCUCAGCCUCCUCAUCGUUUUGGGACACUACCUGAUCAGGCACAAAGCAGGUGUAUGCGUAAGGCACGGGGAGACGGUCACAGCCAGCCAGGCAGCAAAGCCCAGCAGAGGUGAUGUGUACCUACCUGACCCACGAGGCCAAGGGCUCCGAUGACGCCCCGGACGCCGACACGGCCAUCAUCAACGCAGAAGGCGGCCAAGCCGGCGGCGACGACAAGAAGGAGUAUUUCAUUUAGGGGCAUCGGAGAGAGGGUGAGAAAUGGAGCCAGCAAAACCCCGAUGGAAACGGAAACCAGACCACAAACCCCACUCAACCCAACAGAUUUUCUCUGGCGCCCGGCACGGGCAGACAGACGGACGGACGGACGGACAGAGGGAUGGCAGGACAGAGAGCGGAGAGCGACCGGCCUGAGACGUGAUGCUUCUUCUUGAACUUGUACAAAACGUUAUUACUACGAACAGCGAAAGCCCCGGCCCCGUUUGCUUGCUUGCACCUCCAUCCCUGCGACCGGCGCUCGCGCGAAACACAGACCAACCAGUGAGUGAGCGACUUUCCUUCUUCCUUUGGACCUUUGCUUUGGUUUCGUGGCUGCUCUUUGCUUUGGGCCCUCGGUUGGGAUGUGGGGCUGGGGUCGAUGUAGCUCUUUCCUUUGUUUCUCUCCAUUUUGGGUUUAUUUUUUGACAUCCAAGGAUAAAAUCAGAUCCAGGCUCCAGCACGAGCUCCGGGCAGCCGGGUGGCCUCUGCGUCACCAGCGCUCGCCCCGUGCCUCCCACCAGGAGCUGGGACCUUCUCGUUGUGUGUCCCCCACCCCGCGAUGUCCCCGUUCUGCAGGACGGGGAUGGGGAGCGCUGUGGACCCCCCCCCUGAGUCCCUGCCUUGAUUUUAUCCUUGGUGGUUCUUGUCGAACAGUGUCCAUUUGGGAGGAGAGCUGUCCUCGUGCCGUAGGUGUGCGAAGGGGGGUGAGCUUCCAGGGUGGGAACCGCCAAAGCCCCCGGAGAUGCCGGGAGCCGCUGAGCACCGCGGCUCCCCGUUCCCACCCCAGCGGGAGGGGGGAGGGCAGGGGUUUUGGGGGCAAAUCCAGAGGAAAAAAAAAAAAAAAAAGAAAAAACAAACAAAAAAAGCCCCAGUUUGCAAAUUGUCAGAUCGGAGUCGUCAAUUCAAACCAUCUAUUGAGAUGUUCAGUGCAGGAGGCUGCUGGGCACAGCCCGCGGCCGUCACCAACCACCUCCUCGCUGGGCCCCGGGAGCUUGCAGGAAGGUGGUUUAGAUCCCCAGAGCGGCUUUGGGAAGAGCCGACGCGGCUCCACGGAGGUGAGCUGGGGUCCCCCUGGCCCGUGCUACAAGCUGGAGACCACCAGCACCACGCCGCAAGUGGCCCAGAGGCGGUGCGAGGCGUGGGCUCCUCCUGGGCCAGGAGAUGGGCUCCAUCGGGUCUGCUCCUCGGAGCUUUCUGUGCCCCCCCUGUCCUCCCGGCCCCUUCCCGGGGCAGGUGCUGAGCUGGAAAAGGUCUUGUUGGCUCCAAGGGCUGCGGCCAAAAGCAGCCAGAACGCCCGGGUUUUGUGUCUCGGGAGCUUGGGGGUCUCCAAAGAGAUUUGGUGGGCACUUGUCCAACCUCCAGCCUGUUUCACCCCAGGGGAAACCCCAUCUCUUCCAAGUCAGACGGAAACCAGAAGCUUUCUCCAACCUCCCCACUGCAUCCCCGGGGUCCCCGUGCUCCCCCCAACCCCACAUCCACGGGGCCGAGCCCCCUGUGGAGCCAGGCCCCUUCUCUCACCCUUGGGAUGAGGCUUUGCCGCCCCCAGCAUCGCAUGGUCUGGAUGCAAGGGGUUCACAGGAGCUGCCCUUUGGCUUCCAUUUCGGGGUGUCCGGGGGGGGUAGAGCCUUUUGGGAAGGAGCGAAAGCCCUCGGUGGGGUGGGCAGCCUCAUCUCAGAGCUGAAGGAAGAGCCUGGUUCCUCUGCAAGGUGCCCCUGGGGCUGGAAACGUGGCUCCCAUCCAGCCCCCGUGAGCUGGGCAGGAGGAGAAGGGUGGUGAGGAAGCCACGGCGCUGGGUUCAGGUGGGAGCAAGGGACACGUUGGUGGCAUCCCUGGCACGGGCACGGCCGGCUUCACCGCGUCAUCGGCAGGGCAUUAUGCACCGAGAGAGAGGCACGGAGCCUUCAUCACCCCCCGGCGAGGAAAACCUGCGUUUUUCUCUGUGUUGUCCCUCCCCAUCCAUCUCCUUGGAGGAGGAGGACGUUGGCCUCGGGUCCCGCUGGGAGCCCCGAGCUCCCUCCGAGGGACGCAAACGUUGCUGCCGGAGGUAACGCCGCGACUGCCGACGCCGGUAACGACUUCACUGGGCGCACUGGCCUCUAACACCCGCUACCAAACAGACGCGAUUCCCUAAAAUAAAAACGCAAGGACGUGUUCUCAAGUACCAGUCGCUCUCGCUCCAGGUUUCCAUGGCGCAGAUCAUUACGAAGGAGAUGCCCUGAGGGUCCGGGAGGGGUCCCCAGGAUGAAAGGACGUGGGGAUUUGGGGUCGGGCAGGUGAGAGGAGCCAGGAUUAGGGCAUCGCGAGGAGGUGCCGCGUUGUGGGGAGCGGGGCAGGACAGGAGAGAGGCCCCCGUGCCAGGGGGAUGUGCACCAGGUCUGAGGUUGGGUGGGGGACACGGGGGGCAAUGGGGAGGCGCAGCCCUCAUCGCAUUGGGGCCAUGGUCUGCACAUGGAUGGUGACGCCGGGUGCUGGGGCGAUCACCCACACCACGUCCCGGGGUCACCGGGGGGGUCCGGUGGCUGGGGGCACCGUUUAACAGCCCCACAUCGGGCUCAGCACGGCUGGGGAGCGAGGGGUGGUGCGCGCUGCGCUCUGCACGGUGCCAAGGGGGCCACGGGGACGAGAGGUGACGGGGUCACAGCUGGAGAGGUGCUCCCAGGACGGAUGGCAGCAGGACACGGGGUGUCACCAGUGGGACACCUGUGUCACCAGUGGGAUGUGCCGUGGCACUAGCGUGGCUGAUGAUGGGGACGAAGGAGCGAUGGGGCGCGCCGUGGCACCAGCACGGGGACGUGAGGGACUUGUGGUCACAGGGGAGCGGACACCAGGCUCCUGUCCCAAGCUGCUGGCACCCGGGGAGGCCGGGCAGCAUCACGGCACGGUGGGGCACGAGCCACCUCCCCAAGCCCCGGUGUCCCCUCCUGGAGCACAGGGGCCCCGUUGGCCGCGCGGACAGGGGACCCCCGGCCCCGCGUCCACCACGUGCCACCAGGGCAUCUGAAGCGGGCCAGGGUUUGGGGCACGGGCACUGAACUCUCAAUAGACCACGAAAGCCAUAUUUGUGCGGAGCUCUGAGCACGCCGUGGGGUGGCCGUGGGGCAGGGCAGAGGACGGGCUGUGUUGUUGUGCUGUGUUCUUGUAUGUACAUAAAAGGGAGACAACGAACGUCGAUGUUACUUUAUAACCUUUCUAAUAUCCUGUGCUAAUCUCGGAAAAUAAUCCUAUAAAUAUAUCUGGAUUACACACCUUAA